GGGGAGAGGGGCUGCCACGAAGGUCUGCGGGAGGGUUUGGAGAGCUCCGAGAGCGAGAGGCGCGGAGCCCGUGGAAGUCAGGCGGGCGAGACCGGGCGAGCGCGGUGUCCGAGCGGCCAGGUGGGCGCCGGGUGAGGAGCGGCCGAAAGCGUAGCCAAGAUUCGACAUUACUGCCAUCUCCUGGGCACCUGAUUCUUGGAAGUUCUUGAUCACAACUGUUCCCUUGACAGCAUGGAUGGGGAGGAAGAUGAUUUGUCUCUGCUGACUGCACUACUGGAGGAGAAUGAGUCCGCCUUGGAUUGUAGUCCAGAAGAGAGUCACCCCUUGACCCUGGAGGAUGGUGAACCUGACGCAUAUGACGAGCUCUUUGAUGCAGAUGGUGACGGUGAAUCUUAUUCAGAGGAGGCUGCUGAUGGAGAACUGGGAGAGACUGAAGACGGAAAGGAAAAUUUGGCCACUCUUUUUGGAGAUAUGGGGGACUUAACAGAUGAAGAAGAAGUUCCCACGCAGCAAUCGCCUAAAAAUAGAGUCCUCCCCGCGCCUGGUCCCAAUCAGGGGAAAACUAAUCAAGAGUUGCAAGAUGAAUUAAAGAAGUUGCAAGAGCAGAUGAAAUCCUUACAAGAGCAGCUAAAAAUGGCAACAAUUAAGCAGCCUACAAGUCCAUCCCUUCUGCCUAAAUCUGAGAAGUCUCCACGCCCCCCUCUUAAAGAGAAGAAAGUUCAGAGAAUUCAGGAGUCGACAUGCUUUUCUGCAGAGCUUGAUAUCCCUAUUCCACCAAAAACCAAGCGGGUGGCUCAGACACCAAAGGUUUCACCUGCAGAGCCCAAAAGCUCAUCUUUGAGGAUGACAAAUACACCUUCCCAACCACUCCGAACUACUCCUGGAAACAAACCUAGUGGGUUGACCAGAGAUCAGAGCCCAGGGACCCCCAGGAGUUCUGCGGAACUGGCUCAGACAGUGGUUUCCUUGGAAGCCUUCUCGGGCCUGAGGCUCAGGCGGCCUCGAGUGUCCUCCACAGAGAUGAACAAGAAAAUGGUCGGCCGAAAACUGAUCAGACUGUCUCAGCUCAAGGAAAAGAUGGCAAGUGAGAAGCUAGAAGAAGUAGACUGGGUGACUUUUGGGGUUAUAUUGAAGAAAAUCACUCCACAGAGUUGUAAUAGUGGGAAAACAUUUAGUAUCUGGCAACUGAAUGAUCUCCGUGACCUGACACGGUAUGUGUCAUUGUUCUUGUUUGGAGAAGUUCACAAAAAACUCUGGAAGACUGAACAGGGUACUGUCAUAGGGCUGCUCAACGCUAACCCCAUGAAGCCCAAGGAUGGUUCAGAGGAGGUAUGUUUGUCUAUUGAUCAUCCUCAGAAGAUUUUAAUCAUGGGUGAAGCUCUUGACCUGGGAACCUGUAAAGCAAAGAAGAAGAAUGGACAGCCGUGUACACAGACUGUUAAUUUGAAUGACUGUGAGUACUGUCAGUACCACAUCCAGGCCCAGUACAAGAAGCUCAGCGCCAGGCGAUCCGACCUGCAGUCCACCUUCUCCGGAGGACGAAUUCCAAAGAGGUUUACCCGCAAAGGCACCAGCCUAAGAGAACGGCUGUGUCGGGAUGAUUUUUACUAUGGAGGGGUUUCUUCUGCAUCCUAUGCAGCCUCAAUUGCAGCCGCUGUUGCUCCUAAAAAGAAGAUUCAAACCACUCUGACUAAUCUGGUUGUUAAGGGGACAGACUUGAUCAUUCAGGAAACCCAACAAAAACUUGGAAUACCCCAGAAGAGCUUGUCUUGCUCUGAGGAAUUUAGGGGACUGAUGGAUUUGCCUACGUUUGGAGCCAGAAACUUAAAACAACAUUUAGCCAAAGCCAGGUUAUCAGGGGUGACGGGGAGCCUGAAACCCACUUUCCAGGCUAUUUCAGCAUCAGCCCUCUUGAAGCAGCAGAAGCAGCAUGUGCUGGAGAUGAGGAAGAAGAGGUCAGAAGAAAUGCAGAAACGAUUUCUCCAAAGCUCAAAUGGGGUUGAGAGCCCAGCUGUGCCACCCUCUUCUCAACGGGCCCCUUCUCAGUCUCUGCAAAUGGGGGCUGCGUUGCCCGGCCUAGAAGGAACGCCAGCCACACAGAUACCCAAGCUUGGGCGAGGCAUCUCAGAAGGAGAUGAUGUUCUCUUUUUUGAUGAGUCGCCACCACCAAGACCAAAACUGAGUGCUUUAGCAGAAGCCAAAAAGUUAGCUGCCAUAACCAAAUUAAGGGCAAAAGGCCAGAUUCUUACAAAAACAGACCCAAACAGCAUUAAAAAGAAGCAAAAGGACCCCCAGGAUGUCCUGGAAGUGAAGGAACGCGUAGAGAACAACACCUUUUCUCCUCAAGCUGAAGAUGAAUUGGAGCCUGCCAGGAAAAGAAGGAGAGAGCAACUUGCCUACCUGGAAUCUGAGGAAUUUCAGAAAAUUCUAAAAGCAAAAUCAAAGCACACAGGGAUACUCAAAGAGGCUGAGGCUGAGCUGCAGGAACGUUAUUUUGAGCCACUGGUGAAAAAGGAACAAAUGGAAGAAAAGAUGAGAAGCAUCAGAGAAGUGAAAUGUCGAGUAGUGACAUGCAAGACGUGUGCCUACACCCACUUCAAGCCUUUGGAGACCUGCAUCAGUGAGCAGCAUGACUACCACUGGCAUGACGGCCUAAAGAGGUUUUUCAAGUGUCCCUGUGGAAACAGAAGCAUCUCCCUGCAUAGGCUCCCCAAAAAGCACUGCAGUAACUGUGGCCUCUUCAAAUGGGAACGAGAUGGAAUGCUAAAGGAAAAAACAGGCCCAAAGAUAGGAGGAGAAACCCUGUUACCACGAGGAGAAGAACAUGCCAAAUUUCUGAAUAGCCUUAAAUAGCCCUGACUUCAAACAGGUACCCACGACCUACAUUGCUUCUUAUGGCUCUGGAAAAGCAAAGGUGUUGCUCUGUUUGCUCAUGUUCCUGAUUGAUAAAGUCCAAACAGACACUUAUUAAGCCUACACAUUUUACCUACUUAUUUUCUGUUGUGUUGGUUUGAUCCCAAAUUUAACACUGACCUUUAAGUGGUAAAUCAAAAUACCAUCGUCCUCCGUGUUCUUGCUACUGAUGGCUGCAUUCAUGUGGAUUUUUUGCUCAGAAACGGGAAGGUAAAUUGAGAGCUGUGUUUCUGUAUGUUUUGGGUAAUAGAGUGUGCAGUGUUGCUUCUUGAUCAGAGUAAAGUUCUGGUAUUUAUAUGGGCACACAGAGGCAAAAGAAUUAAUUUAGCUCACCCUGGGUAGAUUGCAUAACUUCUGGGCUUCAGUUUUCUUACCUAGAAAAUGAGGAGGCUAGGAGUAAAUGAUGUUGAAGUGUAUCUUUCAGCACUCAAAUUCUACAAAUAAUACAACUUCUCCCAUAUAAAUAAUUACGCUCAUCAACCUUGACACAAUCUUGAUAUAUUGACAUCAAAGCCAGUGUCCUUCUUUCAUUUCUAUUCUUAUCUCUCUUUUGUUUUGCAAAUUGAUUAAUGCACUGACUCACGUGGCAUUUAAUUCAUAUCUGUAUGGUUUCUGUGUCCUUAAAAUAUUGUGGAGCUCUUUAAUAAAAACACUAAAAUCUCAUCAUUUUAAAAUAUGGCUUUGUUUAAAUAUGGCUUAAAGAAACUUCGAAAUCUUUAAAACAAAUACAGAGUUUAAGAAGCUAUGAACAAUGAUUGAAAAACAGAAACAUCUCAGAAAGACAGAACUCAGGGAGUUUGAGAUUUGCAGAUAUACUCUGUCACACAGGGUUUGACAGAGGUCAAACCCUGUGCAAAUUAGCACCCCAAAAUUGCAGUUUAGGAGAUUCCUCUGUCAGGCAACCUGAUUUUCCAAAGUGAAUGCUGAUAUCAUCCUAAGAUUGAAUAAAUUAGUAGGAUUAUUAUUACAUUGGGAUUUAAACUCUAGCUAGAAAUAGAUCAGGUUUCCCCCAAGAUGAUAUUAUGGUAGAUAGACAUAAUGCUUACAGGAGCUGGUUGUGGGAGAUGUUUGAUAUAGAUUUUCAAGAGCUAGAAAAAACAUGUACAUGCCUUAUAUUUCAUCAAGCUCUGUCUGCUCAAUAUGAGUGUUCCUCCUAAGGUUAUAUUGCAGAAGCUAUAUUUUUAGGAGGAUUUCACUUCCCAGGAGGUGGUUGUUUUAAUUUUUAACUAAUGAAGAAAAGAAUAAAGUGUUUAAUUCUUAAUAGGGACUGAAGGCAUUCAGCGGUGGUAUUUUUAAUGGUUCAUUUAGAGUAGAUUUGUUUAUCCCAUAAACUUAAAAUAGAGCUAUGUAUUUGAAGAAAAUCACAACUAAGCGGCUGCCAAGGACUCAAGCUCCAGGCUGCUCCUCAGGCAAUCCCCUUUCCAUGAAACACAUUCCUGUUUGAACCAAGGGUGCCAUUAGAGUCCCCAUUCACUUGUGUAUCAUAUAUAAGUAUUGUAAGGUACUGUAAUAAUUUAAAAAUCAUUGAAUUACUUCUCAGUUACUCUAGAUCUCUGGGGGCUUUUGUUUGAGGUCUUUUUUAUGUAUGCUUUCAUAGAUCAGUGAUGAGAAGCGGUAGGUGGGCCAGAAGGGGGACUUGUUUGCAUUGAAAUUACGAUUCAUCAGUGAGAUCAGUCUUUUAAUACUAUUCUCUUUAUCAGUGUAUUAAAUGCUUUUAUAUAAAUCCAAAAUGUGUGUUUAAUUUUUCCUUACCCUGUCAUUAGCAAUGUAGGACUUAUUGUGUAAUCAUGUAAUCAUAGGCCAUCCAAACAAGGUAGGUACACAGUGAUCUAAAUUAGCACACAGAAGUUUUGUAUUUCAGGGGGAGGUAGUUGAUCUGACUGUUCUGAUUGUCUCAACAGAUUUUGUUUUUGCUGUGUCUUUUUUUUUUAAUUUUUUUUUUAAGAGAGCGCGCACGAGCGGGGGGGGAGGUGCAGAGGGAGGGGGAAGAAUCUAAACCAGACCCCCCCCCACUGAACACCGAGCCUGAUGCAGGUCUCGAUCUCAUGACCCUGAGAUCAUGACCUCAACCGAAAGCAAGAGUCAGAUGCUUAACCCACUGAGCCACGCAGGUGCCCCUGCCUUUUUUUAUUAAGAGGAAACAAGUGGCUUUUGUUUUUUGUUUCUUUUUUAAUCACCUUUCUCUUGAGUUUUGUUUAAAUAUAUUUUCUCUUCCAAACAAGAGAAGGAAGACUGAAGUAAUUUAGAUAACAGUGAUGCAGAGUAGCAAAUAAGGAGCUUUGGAGUGAUUGGUAUGGAAUGUUCCUCAGAGGCAACUUAGAAAGCUUAAAAAUUUUAAAGUUUUCAACUUUUAAAAACAUUACAAGUUGACCCAUCCAUAGCAAAGUUGACAGGAAGAGAUUUCAUGAAUUGGGUUGUGUAAAAGUUGAUGAGGACACAAGUGAAGCUUGAUGUUUAUAGUAGAUUAAAUGUGUCUGAGAACAUGGAUUUUUAUUUUUUUUUAAUUAUUUUUUUUAUUUGAUUUUUUAAAAAGAUUUUAUUUAUUUAUUUAUUUGAUAGAGAGAAUGAGAGAGAGAGAGAGCAUGAGAUGGGGAGGGUCAGAGGGAGAAGCAGACCCCCAAUCGAGCAGGGAGCCCAAUGCGGGACUUGAUCCUGGGACUCCAGGAUCAUGACCUGAGCCGAAGGCAGUCACCCAACCAACUGAGCCACCCAGGCGCCCCAUGAGAACAUGGAUUUUUAAAAGUCAGGAGAGUAAAUCUGUUUGCCUCAGUAUGUCACUCAUAGCAGCCCAUCAGUGCUCUACUUGACAAGUAAAAUAGAUAUCUCUGAUCCCAUGGGUAGAGAUUUGGAAACAAUAUAGCUCUCAAGGAUGGAUGGCUCAAAAAAUGAAAUUCUAUAUUCACCAAUAUUGAGGAAAGAAAUGGUGAUAUAUCUAAGAAAAUAAUAGGCACAAAAUAGAAGAAACCAGUUGACUUAAUAGCAGUUUGUGGAAAAGCUGUGAAGUUUUUGAAAAUUAAAAUAAGCCAAGGGGUGCCUGGGUGGCUCAGUUGGUUAAGACACUGGCUCUUGAUUUCAGCUCAAGUCAUGAUCUCAGGGUCCAGGAAAUUGACUAAGGGAUUUGAAAAUGUGAGUUGAAACUCAGAUUGGAACAAAGGCUGUGGUAAUUUUGCUUGAGCAAAGACUUCUCUGUUGGUAUUUUUCUUUCCGGUUUUAGUAUAUAUGCUGCCAAAGUGAGCAAAUACUGGUCUCUUUCUUAAUCAACUUUAUUAAGGCCUAAAUUUCACACAGUAAAAGGCACAUAUUUUAUGAUGUGUGAUACAAUAAAUUUUGAUGAACACAGAUAUCCACAUAAGCACCACCACAAACAAGAUGUAGGACAUUUCCAUCCUGUCAUUGGCUUGUGCGAUUUCCCUGUCGUCUCCGACCCAUCACAGAUCCGUUUUCUCUCCCUGUAAUUUCCGCCUGUCUUUUGAGUCUCACUUAAAUAGAAUCAUGCAGAAUACACUUUUGUGUCUGGCUUCCUUCAUUCACCAUAUUUCGAAAUGCAUCUGUGUUGUGGCAUAUAUCAGUAGUUCAUUGUUUUUUAUUGUUGAGUAUUUUGCUGGAUGGAUAUGCCCCACAAUUUAGUUAUUCACCUGUUGAUGGACAUCUGAGUUGGAUUAUUUCCAGUGUGGGGCUGUUAUGAAUAAAGCCUCUACCAAUAUUCAGGUAGAUGUCUUUCUGUGGAUAUGUGUUUUUUUUCCUCAGGUAAAUAUCUAGGAAUGGGAUUUCCAGGUCAAAUGGUAAGUGUAGGUUUAGUUUUUAAGAAAUUGCUAAACUAGGGGUGCCUGGAUGUCUCAGUUGGUUGAGUCCUGGGAUCGAGCCCUGUGUUGGGCUCCCUGCUCAUCAGGGAGUCAGUUUCUCCCUUUCCAUCUGCCUCUUCCUCCCACCCCUCACUCAUGCUCUCUUUCUCAAAUGAAUAAAUAAAAUCUUUAAAAAAAAAAAAAAAAAGAAACUGCCAAAAUAUUUUCUAAAGGGGUUUACCCUGGGACGCCUCAGUGGCUUAGUCAGUUACGUGUCCCACUCUUGAUUUCGGCUCAGGUCAUGAUCUCAGGGUUGAGAGAUCAAGCCCCGUGUGGGGCUCCAUGCUCAGUGGGGAAUCUGCUUGGGAUUCUCGCUCCCUCUGCCCCUCCCCCGGCUCAUGCACAUGCACUCUCUCUAAAAAUAAAUAAACCUUCAAAAAAAAUAAAGGGGAAUGUACCAUUUUACACACCCACUAAUAAUGUGUGAGAAUUCCAUUUGCUCCACAUUCUCACCAGUAUUUGAUACCAUCGGUCUUUUUAAGUUUUAAUCAUUUUAAUAGGUGUGUGGUGGUAUCUCAUUGCAGUUUGAAUUUGCAUUUUUCUCAUGACCGUUGAUAUUGGGCAUCUUUUCAUGUCCUGUUGGCAUUCCUGUAUCUUCUUUGGUGAAAUACCUGUUUACUGAUUGAUCGAGUUGAGUAAGAAUUCUUCCAUGUAUUCUUAUGUGGAAUUUAAGAAACAAAACAGAUUAACAUAGAGGAAGGGAAGGAAAAAUAAAAUAAGAUGAAAAUUGAGAGGGAGGCAAACCAUGAGAUGCUGAACUCUAGGAAACUGAGGGUUGCUGGAGGGGAGGUGGGUAGGGGGAUGGAGUAAUUGGGUGAUGGGCAUUAAGGAGGGCAGUUGAUGGAACUGAGCACUGGGUGUUGUAUGCAACUGAUGAAUCACUGAAUUCUACCUCUGAUACUAAUAAAAAAUAAGUAAAUUUUUUUAAGAAGAGAUCUUCCUAUAUUCUGUAUACAAGUGUUUUGCAGAUAUAUGUGUGAUGAAUAUAUACUCCCAGUGUGAGACUUGCCUUUUCAUUUUUUCUUAACUGUCUCAAAGAGCAGGUUUCUACUUUCUUAUAGUGCAUUUUAUCAGUUGAUUCACUUUUGGCUCAUGCAUUUUGUCUAAGAAAUUUUUACCUGCCUUAAAAGUCAAAAAGAUGUUCUUAUAGAAUAUUUUAUAUGGUUCUAGCUUUCACUCUUUCAUCUGUGGUCCAUUUCAAGUUAAUGUUAUAUAAGCCAUGAGGUGUAAGGGUUGAGGUUCAGUGUUCUCCAAAUGGACACUCACAGCAUCACUCAGUGAAAAGAUGAGCACUUCCCCCAUUAGAUUAGUUUGCCUUCUUUGUCGAAAAUCAGUUGAUCAUGUAUUUUGGGGUCUACUUCUGGACUCGGUUUUGUUAUAGUAAUGACAUAUUCAUACGGUAUUAUGUCAAUCCUUAUGCCAGUACCAUGCUGUCUUAAUAAUUAUAGAUAUAACAAGUGUGGGACUCAGCUAGUGUUAGUCCCCCACCUUUGUUCUUUGUAAAAUUUGUUUUGGCCGUUCUAGGUCCUUUGCAUUUCAGUGUAAAUUUUAGAAGCAGCAUGUUGAUUUCUACCGGGGGGAAAAAAAAACCCUACUGGAAUUUUGAUUAAGAUUGUGUUUAAGGACCAUCUGGGUGGCUCAGUCAGUUAAGCGUCUGACUCUUGGUUUCACCUCAGGUCAAGAUCUCAGGGUCAUGAGAUUGAGCCCUGUGUCAGGCUCCACGCUCAGCAUGGAGUCUGCUUGAGAUUCUCUCCGCAUGCGCACACACUCUUUUUCUCCCUCAAAUAAAUAAAUAAAAUAUUAAAUAAAAAAAGACUGUGUUUAAUCUUUGGAUCAAUUUGGGGGGAUUGACAUCUUAAGACUUUCUAUCUGUGAAUAUAAUACAUCUCUCCAUUUAUUCAGGUCUUUAAUUUUUCUCAGCAACAUUUAGUAGUAUUUGUGCCUGUCUCAGCAUAUGACUAGCCAGUGUUGUGGUUGUUCUGGCCCUUGUGAUUCCAAUUAAGAUUGCAAGAUGCCUCCAACAAUAACCAUCAGCAAACUUUGAAAAAAUAAAUGUUUAUUAAUUAUAGGGCCUGGAAAUAACAUAGCACACCAAAUACCAAGGUCUUGGGCCAAACAGCAAGGUCUCGGGUAGGAGUGCACAUGGGCCUGGGGCUCUGCUUUCAUUGGGGUUAAGGGUGGGGGCCUAGUAUUUCUUGGGCUCACGCUUUAUGGGUGAAUUUAAAACAUAAGAGUGGGAUUUUAAAGUCCUUGAAAAGGAAAACAAGUGGUCAGUUAUAGAAAUCAACUGAAAUCUCAAAAGACUGUCAGGAGGAGGAGGGGGCCUGGCUCUUUAAUCUAGUGAUGUAGCUGGCAAUGUGUAUGUCCGAGAGGUGUAGAGAUUGUAUGUAUAUUUUGUUAUGUUUAUUUCUAAAUGUCUUACAGUUUUGAUGAUAUUGUAAAGGGUACUUUUUGCAUUGCAAUUCCCAAUUAUUACUUGCUCGUAUAUAGAAAUAAAAUACAUUUUUGUCAUUUGACCUUGUAUCCUGGGACCAUGUUAAGCUUACAUAUUAGUUUAGCAGCUUUUUUAUAGAUUUCUUAGGAUUUUCUACAUGUUGGAUCAUGUUGCCUGGGAG